AGGAGGACAGUGUCCACUCCAACACAUGCAUUACGGACACAGGCAUCAUAUACCGUUAACGAAUUGGAGUUCUACUCAAUCGAAGUUUAGUUCAGUGGUAGUUGAAUGUUUUUGUGGAGCAGAGGCUACACGUGGAUGCAGGAUUUAGGGUUUCGUCGGGGGGUUGAGAGAGUUGACGUAGGUCACGGGAGGAUUAUUGACAAAAAGUCCCCAAAAAUAUGGAGUGCACCACUAGAAAAUAAUUUUUUUUAAUAAAUUGAAUAGAAAGAAUCGAAUUCUAUUGACUGAUUCGAUUGCAGACGCUAUUGAACUUCCAAUAGAGUCAACUAACACCUCGUAGAUGAGGAAUACGCCCUAGGUUUCCAUAUUCAUUUUUUUCGCGAGACUUACCCAUGUGAUCCUUGCCUUCGUCUCGCUCUACAACCUCCAUACUCGUGAGAAAAGUUCUUUCGACCUUGUGACGAAAAUAGCUAUUUCAUCAUCAUGAACUCGCCUUCGGGUCAUCCUCUAGUAAUAUAUCUUUUCCAGAAAAUCCAUGUCUAUAAAUGGAAAAUGUUCUGCAAAAAAAGACAAUGGAAUUCCCUUUUACAUUAGCGAUUUUGCUCUGGGUUUUUAUUAGAAUUUUCGUCGACUGCUCUUUCUAAUAAAAUUCCCAUGAUAUCCCCAGUGAUAAUAAAAUGUAUGGACACAUGAAACUUCUUCCAGACGAACAAUUUUUCUAUUAUUUAUUGACAUACGUAAAAUUCUAUGAACAAUCAUUUUUCCAGAUAACUUAACUGCACAAAAUUUGGAUUUUUUCCCUCGCAUUUCGGUUCAUCUAGAGGUCACCACUGCACAGGCCAUCCUUCCUCUCUCUUCUGACCAUCAUCAACCUCAACAUCACGAUGAAUGUCACGAUGAAUACACUGAUUGUUUGGUUCUGGAAGACGGUGAAGUAAACUACGUAGAGACGUAUUUUCCUUCUAUUAUUGAGUAUUUAUAUUUGAAGACAAGAGUACGUGUUUGCCAAUCGCAAUGACAUGGCGAUGCUAUUAGCACCCGAGAUUAUCUGACAAAUACUUAUGAUCAUGAAGCAGUUCAUAACAUGAAAUGAGCAUCAGAGAAAAUGCUGUUGACAAUAUUGUGCAAAUGCUGAAAAUAUGGGAAUGCAAGGAAAUUCACUGAAUCAACGACUUUCAGGGCAGAUAUAGAAUUAAUAAACAAAGAAGAAUUGUAAAAUAAAUUGUACAAAAAAAUUGAAUUGCAUUGUCAGACCGACUGGAUUGAAUUGAAUAAACUAGCCUGAAAUGUCAAACCAAUCAAGUUAGCUGUAAAUAUCUCUAAGAGGAAAUAUCCAAAGCCAACUGAUUGCGAGGAUAAACAGAAGAUCGAAGAACAAAAAAGGGGCAAUCGUAGAGAAAUGGAAGUGACAAAUGUACAUACUGUUGAACGUAUAGCAAAUAAGAAGCCCUCGUCACACUGGGUAGUCGAGUGCCUCGUACCCAGAGACGUGAAAUCUGAGUGGAAAGCGUUCAAAAAGUGGACUGUGACAUCCCCGGAUCCUUGCGAAUUCACCUACUCCUUGAAAAUAAAUGCAACAGGGGGGCUAGACAUUCUAAUCGCGAAGAAAAAUAUAAAACCAGCCAAAGCUUCAAUCACAGUUACCUUCAUUGACGUGUCUUUGGACAAGACGAGUACGUUGCAUGAUUGGACGGAAGAGUACUGUUUUCACAAUAUCGUCCCGCCCAAUGUCCUGCAGGAAAUGCGGAGGAUCCAUAUCAUGGUGCUCAACGUCUGGUAUGGGUUCAAGGACGAAAUACUGCCUCCACCGCUCAUAUCGUCGAGUCCAGGAUUUGACUAUUUCUUCAUGAACGAGGAACUCAGUGAUUUCAAACUAAUUAUUGGCGAGGAGACCCUGCCAGUUCACAAGUUCCUCCUGGCAGCAUCGAGUCAUGAAUUUUUGAAAAUGUUUGUUACCCCAAUGAAAGAAUCAAAAGAGAACCGAGUGCUAAUCAACGACGUUGAGCUUCCGGUGAUGAAGGAAGUCCUCAGAUACAUUUACACAAAAGAGACGACAGCCAUGAACGAUGUUCACAUGGCCUUGGCUAUGCUCGCUGUUGCCGAAAAGUACAACCUUGAGUCCUUGAAGUACAUGUGCCAGAUUCACUUGUGCAAACAAUUGAGCAUUGAAAAUGCCCUUCUCAUUCUCGACGUUGCUGAUAUGUACAAUGCUCCAAACUUGAAAUCAUUUACGAUUAAAUUUUUAUUUAAGAACAAGAAGGAGAUUGUAAACACUGUCGAAUUCAAGGAGCUCUAUCACAGAAAACCGGAAUUGCUCUUCGAUUUUAUAACUAUAGUUCUUAAUGAUUGAAUGUGGCAUUAACAAAUUUUAUAUUGACUUGAGAUUUUGGGGAAUUUCAGGGUUUAUUCUACUGGCUCUAUUUAUUUAAAUAACGCCCAGCUGGAUUUUCAGUGGAGUGAAACAUUCUUGUAUAUAAACAAAAGUAAAUUUUUGAAUAAUGUCAUCCCUUACCCUUCCCCCUGCGCCGGCGUAAUAUCUGAAUAAUUGGAUGCCCAUAAUGUUUGUUUUUUUUAAAUUAAUAAUAGCAUUAUUCCUGUAAAAUAUCCAUAAAAAUGACGAGACGUUUGUACCAUAUUUUUAAAUUGUUGAUAUUACCAAAUAAAAAAUGCCAAUUUAAUAUUUUAAGAAAA